GCUUGCUCCAGUUCUCAUCAGUAGAGGCACCAAACCAAGCAAAAGCAAUGGCACCUCACCUCCCAUGGCUCUUGCUCCAGUUCUUGCUACUACUUCUGGGGGUAUCAUCUGCUGCUCAAGCACAAGUGAACAUCACCUUGGGCUCCUCCUUGAAGCCCCAGGGGCCAAACAGCUCAUGGCUCUCGCCCUCCGGCGACUUCGCGUUCGGUUUCCGGCCACUGGAAGUUAACCCCUCCUCAUACCUCCUCGCCGUCUGGUUCGACAAGAUCCCUGAGAAGACAGUCGCUUGGUAUGCCAAGAGCAGCUCCGACGGUCAAGAGUCACCGGUGCAAGUGCCAUCCAGCUCCGUGCUGCAACUCACCACUGACGGGUUGCUCUCGCUUCGCAACCCAUCCGGCGAUGAAGUCUGGAGUCCUCGGGCCCCUGGUGUGGCCUACGCCAAAAUGCUCGACACGGGUGACUUCAUGCUUGUCGGCGCAGAUGGCACGGCAAAGUGGGAGACCUUUGGUGUCCCGGCUGAUACCAUCCUGCCCAUACAAGUGCUCCGUGUGGGUCCAGAGGACAAGCUACUCAGAAGCCGUCUCAUCAACACAGACUACUCCAACGGCCGGUUUCUCCUAGCUGUGCAAACUGAUGGUAAUCUUGUGCUGUAUUCAAUGGCUGAGCAUUCCACACUUGACUACGGUCCAUACUGGGCAACUAUGACAGUUAGGAACGGCUCACGGUUGGUGUUCAAUGAAACAGGCAGGAUAUACUUCACCUUGAAAAAUGUGACACAGAUCAAUGUUACUUCAGCAGGGGGCAACUCAAUGGGUGAUUUCUUCAAUCGUGCCACGCUUGAUCCAGAUGGUGUGUUUCGGCAGUAUGUGUACCCAAAGAGCAGAAAGGCCAGAAGUCUAUGGAGCUUGCAAUGGAAGGCGGUGAGCUCAAUCCCUGAGGACAUCUGCGAAACAGUAAUGGUAAAUGCAGGCAGUGGUGCAUGCGGCUUCAACAGCUACUGCACCUUUGAUGGCACCAAGAAUCAGACAAGCUGCCUAUGCCCUGAACAUUACAAGUUCUUCGAUGAGGAGAGGGAGUACAAAGGGUGCAGGCCUGACUUUGUGCCACAAAGUUGUGACCUUGAUGAGAUAGCAGCAAUGGCGCAGUUUGAGAUGACUACGAUCGAUCGUGUUGAUUGGCCUAACUGUGACUAUGAGCAAUACCGCCCCAUAGACGAGACAGAGUGCCGGAGGCUGUGUGUGAUUGAUUGCUUCUGUGCCGCAGCGGUCUUUGAUCCAAACACAAAAACCUGCUGGAAGAAAAAGCUCCCUUUAUCAAAUGGAAAUAUGGCACAAACUGUCCAGAGGACGGUUCUGAUCAAGGUGCCUAGGAGCAACAAUUCAGAGUCCCAGCUCAGCAGUGGCUCUAGCAAAUGGAAGAAGGACAAGAAGUAUUGGAUUCUUGGGAGUUCCUUGUUUUUUGGGAGUUCGGUAUUGCUAAACCUUCUCCUUAUCUCUAUUCUGCUCUUUGGCACUUACUGGGGUAUUUCCAUCACCUCAAAAAAGAAACUCCGGUCACCGCAAUCGUCAGGUAGUUCUAUAUUGCCCCCAAAACUUUUCACUUACAGUGAACUGGAGAAGGCAACCAGUGGUUUCCAUGAGGUGCUAGGCAGCGGUGCCUCUGGUACUGUGUACAAAGGAAAGCUGCAAGAUGAGCAUGCGACCAACAUUGCAGUCAAGAAAAUUGAAAAACUCCAGCAAGAGACUGAGAAGGAAUUCAUGGUGGAAGUGCAAACCAUCGGGCAGACGUUUCACAAGAACUUGGUCAGGCUGCUUGGCAUGUGCAACGAGGGAACUCACCGACUGCUAGUUUAUGAGUUCAUGACCAAGGGCUCGCUCAAUGAUUUCCUCUUCGGUGAUGCUCGGCCAGAUUGGAACCUCCGUGUGCAAGUCGCACUUGGAGUGGCACGAGGGCUUCUCUACUUGCAUGAAGAGUGCAGCACGCAGAUUAUCCACUGCGACAUAAAACCACAGAACAUCCUUCUCGAUGACAACUUCAUGGCAAAGAUAGCAGACUUUGGCCUGGCAAAGCUUCUUCGAGCCAAUCAGACACAAACAAACACCGGCAUCCGGGGCACUCGAGGUUACGUUGCCCCAGAGUGGUUCAAGAACAUAGCGAUCACUUCCAAAGUCGAUGUUUACAGCUUUGGUGUGAUCCUGCUGGAGCUUGUGUGCUGCAGGAGGAAUGUGGAGGUAGAGAUCGCCGACGAAGAUCUGGCGAUACUAACUUACUGGGCAAACGACUGUUACAGGUGUGGGAGGAUCAACUUGCUUGUGGAGGGUGACGAUGAAGCAAUCUUCAACAUAAAAAAGGCAGAGCGCUUCGUGGCUGUAGCACUUUGGUGCCUUCAGGAGGAGCCAACGAUGCGGCCAACCAUGCUUAAAGUGACACAAAUGCUUGAUGGAGCAGUCCAAAUCCCCAUACCUCCGGAUCCCUCUUCCUUCAUCAGUUCACUUCCGUAGUCCGUGCUUGUUAACAAAUGAGUUGUGGCAUGAAGCAAGAUUAUGCAAUACAUGGAUAAUCUGAAACUGUUUUCCAUUGAAGCUUCACAGUUAAUGGUAAAUAUAGUAUUUCAGGCACUUAUGUUUAGCUGAACAAAUAGCAUCACUGAUGCAUCUGUAUCUUUUUUCUUUUUAUGUGAAACAUCUGUAUCUUUUUUUCGUAAGCAGCCGUAUAUCUAUUUAUAUGCCUAUUUAUAUCUUUGAAUCCGGGUUUUUUCAAACAUUCUCUACAAUGCCUCGUAAACAAAAAGAAAACAUUCUCUAGACUAGAAAAAGGGUAGAGGUGACUAUAUAAUACAUAUGAUUAGUAACUAAUAGAAGUUUCCUACAGCUACAUGGUCCGGGCCACUGGCAUCUCCUCCUCCUCCUCCUCCUCCUCCUCCUCCU